GUUCAUGUCAUGAGACGGGAUUCUUUCUCCGCACGACGCGGCUGCUUCCGCUGGUGAAGAAGUUCUUUGGGCAAUUCCGCACAACUUCCACUUUCACUACUGGAGUCGUAUCCGAUGUUCAACAGUAACAAUUGAUGGCGCCAAUACUGUACUGGAAUGAAGAAUUGAACGAAGCUCGAGGCUCCUUCAUUUUACGCUACGCUAGAGGGUAGUACACCGUCUCGAAACUGUGUCGAGGUACUUCUACAUAUGAAUGGUACCUAGUAUGUACUCCCUCACGACAUACCACCGUGGUCAGCGUCGACAGUCCGAGACAUCCAUCCAUCCAUCCCACUCUGGACAGAAAUCCUGCGAGGUCGAGAACAAUCCGUCAAGACCUUGAUUGGGCUUUGAUGCCAAUUGAUGCCCAAUCGUUACCUAGCAUCUCCAUGUUGGUCUCGGAUAUCGGGUCCAGGACCGUCAAUCAUCUCCUCCUCCUCCUCCUCCUCCUCAUCAUCAAGGGUGCUUGUUGUGGGCGACGGCCGGACUUUUCUCGAUCGCACUCUUUCCCCAGACGGGAAGUGAGACACAUCCAUCGUACCAUUGGUACUGAUCAACCAAGGCAUCAACGAGCAAUUGGCAACAGAGUUGCAAAAGAAAAGCAAGUGGUUGCAUAUCAAUCAGGACAUGGGAAAAGCAGAUCGUCUGCACAUUGUAUGUACCUCAUGCACACUCUAUUCAGGAUGUUGCAGACGGUUACAUUGCUGAGCCUUGCACCAAUAGUGCGAAAUGCAAACUGCAAGUUUGAUAUAUCUACUGUCGCUAUCCAGGUUCUCAGGGCAGGGUCAUAUUAAAUGAAAGAGGAAGAAGAAAAAGAAAAGGAACGUAUUGCCGGCAAUAUCCCGGAUCUUCAUGACCACUCUCAUCUUUCAUUUCGCGUUGGCGGACCCCAUGCAGCUCGUCAAAGGGGUCUGCGAGGCAAAGUGCUUUAACAGAGGCUUUUGUGUUGAGGAGUUGCGAGGACGCGUGCUUAGCUUCCGUAGCCUUAUUCAAGAGAAAAAGGCGGGACGGAGACUAGCACCGGGGCCGGACUAGGUAGGACGGGGGAGUUAACCCGCCCACUUGUGACGAGGUACAUUGUACGUCAGUCGCGGCAAGAUCCCGAAAACGAAUGAGCUGCAGUGUGCAUAAAGUAGUGUAG